UGAUACGAGGCAUCCCUCCUCUCAGCCUGGCUGGACAGUUUAUGUUUAUUAUUGUAUGUCACUAGACUCCUCCUGCUUCCCUGGGUCAGUUGUCAAGGUCAGCGGGUCUUUGCCAACAACAGAUCUUCAACAUGACGGGAUCAGCCCUACCGGCUGCGGUCAAGGAUCAUAUCAAUCUUUUCCGUGGCUGGCCAAACCCCGCAUUGCUACCAGUUGCCGAUCUCUCCAAGGCAUCCAGGACCGUGCUGUCCACGCCCUCCAUCUACGAACCAGGGCUGCAGUAUGGUCCAGACGAAGGUUAUCAGCCCUUGCGCCAGCACGUGGCGGAGUGGUUGACAAGCUUCUACCAACCUCGCGACCCAGUGACGCAAGAUCGUAUCUGCAUCACUGGCGGUGCCAGCCAGAAUCUAGCGUGCGUUCUUCAGGCCUUCACUGAUCCCGUGUACACUCGCAAUGUUUGGAUAGUGGCCCCGAUGUAUUACCUUGCGGGCCGGAUCUUCGAUGAUUCAGGCUUCGCAGGGCGUCUGAGAGGCAUCCCUGAAGACGAAGAAGGCAUUGACCUUGACUUCCUCGAACGGGGGCUGGAAGAAGCAGAGAAGAAGGCGAUCUCAGAGGGAAACAAUGAGCCGAAAUUGAAACCCCCACGGCCUUGGAGGAAGAUAUACAAAUAUGUAAUCUACGCUACGCCCACCUUCUCCAACCCGUCGAUGAAGGUAAUGUCGCUGCGGCGGCGGGAACGACUGACACGACUGGCGCGACGAUUCGAUGCUCUAAUCGUGACUGACGACGUAUACGACUUCCUGCAAUGGUCAAAUACUCCGAAUACACCCCUAGCUCGCCCCGACCACGCGUAUAUGCCGCGUCUUAUCGACGUUGAUCGCUAUCUGGACGGUGGACCCAAGGACGAAUGGGGCAAUGUCGUUAGCAAUGGCAGUUUUAGCAAGCUCAUCGGACCGGGUGCAAGAACAGGCUGGGCAGAGAGUACGGAAAAGUUCUCAUAUGGCUUGUCCCAGACAGGCUCUUCGCGAUCGGGCGGAGCGCCAUCACAGCUGACCGCAACCUUCGUUGAUCAGCUGCUAUCGACGUCUGUCAUCCAGAAUCAUAUCAUUAACGUCCUUCAGCCCGCCUAUGCUGACAGAUACCACCGCACGCUGUCGGCAAUCCAGGAGUAUCUCCUUCCGCUCGGACUCACCAUACCUCCCAACCCACACGAAGCCGCAGGGGGCUAUUUCGUCUGGCUUGAUUUACCGGAACCAUUGCGAGCCAGCGACCUGGCACGACGCGCUAUGGAAGAGGAGAAUCUUUUGAUCGCCAGCGGUGACCUGUUCCAGGUGCCGGGGGAAGACGGUCCCCACCAUGAUGACUUCGAGCGCAGUGUGCGCCUCUGUUUUGCAUGGGAGGAACCGAAUAAAUUGGGAGAAGGGAUACAAAGGCUCGCUGCAGUUGUACAGCGGGCCAUGGCUUCUGCAGCGGAGAAGUCGCAUGAAUAGAUAACGAAUGAUCGCAGAGCAGCAUAUGCAUUGGCCAGCCUGCGCUUUUAAUGGAUGGGUUGAAUCUCAGUGCUUGUAGUAUUCGACUGCAGCUAUAGCCACAGAACAACUUCAUACCACAACCCCUACACCAGGAGU